AUGCCUUUGAGAGCUCCAAAACAUUACCAGACGCCUAUUUUUGAUCCUGAACAUCUCUUCCCAGCCAAACGAAGGUGCCGGACGGCUUUUACAGUCGUUUAUUUUACGAGGUUGCUUCUUUCCUUGUCCAAGAAAGUUUUGUGCAAGCAAACCAAGCCCUUGCGUUCACUUUCCUUUGUUGCCAUCCACGUCGACGAUGCUACCACCCGUAGGGACAAUGUGUCUUUGAUCAACAUUGAUCAGAAUACACUCUCUCAGAUGAUUAAAGAGAAGAACCACCACUCCUUGAACAAACUAGGAGGAGUUAUGCAGGUUGCUGUAAUUCUUCAGAGUGAUGUGAAGGAAGGUAUCAGUGGCAGUGAAGCUGAUCUUGCACAUAGGAGAGAUGUUUUUGGUGCAAAUAAGUACAAGAAGCCACCUGCAAAAAGCUUUCUCAGCUUCGUCCUUGAAGCACUCAAGGACACAACCGCUAUCAUUCUUUUGGCCUGUGCUAUUCUGUCUCUGGCCUUCGGCAUUAAACAGCAUGGCCCAAAAGACGGCUGGUAUGAUGGAGGGAGCAAUAUUGUUGCUAUCUUUCUUGUCGUGGCCAUCUCAGCUGUGAGCAACUUCAAGCAAUCAAGGCAAUUUCUUAAACUUUCCGAUGAAAUCAGUAAUGUAAGGGUACAAGUAGUGAGAGAUGGGAGGCACCAGAAUAUAUCCAUUUUUGAUGUUGUGGUGGGCGAUCUGGUAUCUCUGAAGAUGGGGGAUCAAAUACCAGCUGAUGGGUUGUUCUCGGAUGGCCGUUCUUUGAAGGUAGAUGAAUCUAGCAUGACCGGUGAAAGCGACCAUGUUGAGGUAAAUGGCACCAGAAAUCCAUUCUUGCUCUCUGGAACCAAGGUGACUAAUGGCUUUGGUUUCAUGCUAGUUACAUCUGUUGGAAUGAAUACAGCUUGGGGUGAGAUGAUGAGUUCUAUAAGCCGCACUUUGGAAGAGCAGACCCCAUUGCAAGCACAACUCAGCAAACUGAAGUCUGAUAUUGGAAAAGUUGGAUUGGUAGCGGCCCUACCGGUUCUUGCUGUUUUGACAAUCCGUUAUUUCACAGGAAACAUCAGAGGUGAUCAUGGACGUCGAGAAUAUAAUGGAAGUGAGACAAAGGUCAACGAUGUACUGACUUCAGUUUUCGAUAUUAUUGCAACAGCAGUGACCAUUAUAGUGGUAGCAAUUCCAGAAGGUCUGCCCCUAGCUGUAACCCUGACUCUUGCUUACUUUAUGAAGCAAAAGAUGACUGACAAUGCGCUGGUGCGUAAACUCUCUGCUUGUGAAACAAUGGGUUCAGCCACAACAAUCUGCACCGACAAAACGUGCACGAAUCAGAUGCAGGUUUCGGAGUUUUGGCUUGGAAAAGAGAAAAUUGAGUAUAGUACUUUAGUGGAAAUGGAUCCAGAGUUCUCGUUGUUACUAGAAGAAGGGGUUGCUUUAAAUACAACAGCCACUGUUAACAAACCACAUUCUGCAUCAACCCCUGAGAUAUCUGGUAGUCCAACUGAGAAGGCAAUACUUUCUUGGGCUGUCCAAGAUUUGGGAAUGAAUAUCAACGAAACAAAGCAGAAGUGUGAAAUAGCGUAUGUAGAAGCCUUCAAUUCAGAGAAAAAGAGAAGUGGGAUAAUGAUAAGGAAAAGCAAUGAGAAAGCUGUCCACACACAUUGGAAGGGAGCUGCUGAGACGAUAUUAGCAAUGUGUUCAACUUAUUAUGUCAAAAGCGGGGAGCUUGUAGAAAUGAAUGAGAAAGAAAGAACGCAAUUUACGGCAAUAAUUCAUAGUAUAGCAGCCAAAAACCGGCGAUGCAUUGCCUUUGCCCACAAAAGAGUCGUAGAAGAAAACAAGCAAGUCUCUGAUAAGAAGCUUGAAGAAACUGGAUUCACCUUGUUGGGGCUUGUGGGAUUGAAAAACCCGUGUAGACCAGGGGUUGGAACAGCUGUAGAAUCGUGUAGGAAAGCAAAAGUGAGUGUUAAAAUGAUCACUGGUGACCAUCCACAUACAGCAAGAGCUAUAGCUAUUGAAUGUGGAAUUCUUAAUCCUGAAAAGGAUAUGGACAACAAAGCAGUAGUAGAAGGUGUUGAAUUCAGAAAUUACUCACCUGAAGAGAGAACAGCAAGGGUAGAAGACAUCAGAGUAAUGGCAAGAUCAUCCCCAUUUGACAAGCUUCUGAUGGUACAGUGCUUGAAAGAGAAAGGUCAUGUGGUAGCAGUCACUGGUGAUGGCGCGAGUGAUGCCGCCGCUCUUAAGGAAGCGGAUAUUGGGCUUUGCAUGGGAAUUCAAGGGACAGAGGUGGCAAAAGAAAGCUCAGACAUAAUCAUCUUGGAUGAUAAUUUCACCUCUGUGGUAACCGUUUUGAGGUGGGGGAGGUGUGUCUACAACAACAUUCAGAAGUUCAUCCAAUUUCAGCUCACUGUUAAUGUUGCAGCACUCAUCAUAAACUUGGUUGCAGCCAUCUCUUCUGGUGAAGUCCUCCUAACUGCAGUUCAGCUGCAGUGGGUGAACCUCAUUAUGGGCUUAAUGGGAGCACUAGCAUUUUCCUCUGAGCCGCCCACCAAUGAUCUCAUGACAAAGCCACCUGCAGGUAGAUCAGAGCCACUUAUAACCAAAAUCAUGUGGAGGAACCUUAUUGCUCAUGCUUUGUAUCAGGUAAUAAUCUUACUGAUUCUAAAAUUUAAGGGCAAGUCCAUCUUUGGUGUGGAUGAAAUGGUCAAGAAUACCCUUAUCUUCAACACAUUUGUCCUCUGCCAAGUAUUUAAUGAAUUCAAUGCAAGGAAACUAGAGAAGAUUAAUAUAUUUGAAGGGAUACUCGAGAAUAAACUGUUCUUAGUGAUCAUUGGAUUUACUAUUAUUGUUCAAGUGCUGAUGGUGGAGCUUCGGGGAAGGUUUACCGGUACCACGGGGUUGAAUUGGGGUCAAUGGGGUGCUUGCAUUGGGAUUGCCGCUUUGUCUUUCCCUGUUGGUUUUGCGGUGAAGUGUAUUCCCAUAUCCUGA